AUGAGGGGUGUGUUUUUGAUAUACCUACUUUUGUGUAUUUAUGAGAGUUUUGGACAUGCUACUUUUCAUGAAAAUGACGAGACGAAGAAAACGGCCCUGUUGCCAAGCACGACCUCUGGGAAGCAAUUAAAAAUUAUACGGGGUAUAUUAAAUCAAGAAAGUUUAUCGCGAUUCUCUAUGAUACAGAAAAUUGAUACCUUGGUGAUGGAUGCAAUUUAUAGCAAAAACUUUAGCCAGGCCCUUGAGAAAAGGCUUAGCGAAGUUGUAAAGGAAUUAGGUGAUUUGAAAAUAAAUGACUACAUAUUACAGGAAGAGAACACAAAGCUCAAAGAAAAGAUAGAAGAUCUAUAUUCAAUACUCAGUAAUUAUACAACAGUCCAAAGUGCAAACGUUCAAAGUCUUAAUGAUUCGGAAAUUUCAUAUCUGAAGAGGAAAACUUCAUUUGUGGAAAAUCAAAUUCAAACGCUAUCGUUGCAGAAUUUUGAUAUAAAUAAACAGUUAGUAUUUUUGAUGAAGAGAGAUCUAAACUCUCUUAAAAAUGAAACAAUCGGUCUAAAUGAGAAAUAUGACAAAAUGCUGCAAGAAAACUAUGCUUUUCAAAAUCAAAGUAUAAUGAAUGGAAGAAAAUCCGCCCGUUUAAUCGAGCGUCUUUUGUCGAUGGAAAAUGGUUUGCGGACUCUUGUGGAGUCUUUUAAUAAAACAAUGGAAAAUUAUCAUCAAAAGGCAACAGAUAUUAAAGAUUGCAUUGUUCCGUUCGACUGUUACGAAAUCUACAACUGUGGAAGAAGGAAGACUGGAGUUUAUAGAAUAUUCCCCUACAUACACGUAAAGAACUUUACUUCUGUUCAUGUAAUAUGUGACAUGGAAUUGGAUGGAGGUGGAUGGACGAAUUCUCUAGAAGCACUGCUGAUCUCUGUGAUCGUCCGCCAGAUCCUGUUUCAAAUUAAUGUAUACAUCCAUUUAUCAUCAACUGUCAUACAACACAGAAAUCGUGAAAAUCCCCACGUAAAUUUCAACGCUACUUGGGGCGAAUAUAAAAGAGGUUUCGGUGAUGUUCGAGGAAAUUAUUGGAUUGGAAAUGAUGUCAUUAAUAAAGUCACCACUGCCUUCCAAAACGACUUAUACAUAAGAAUAAAAAGUACAAAUAACCAGUCACUUGAUGUAAAGUACAACCUAUUUUCUAUGUCUUCUGAGGCUUCAGGUUACAUGCUGUCUUUAGGAACAACAGAUGGAUAUGAUGCUUUCAGACAUUUUACUAAUAAAAUUCAUCACCCUUUUUCCACAUAUGACCACGACAAAGAACACAGAUGCGGAGCCAGAUGUGGAUCUGGCUGGUG